AUGAGUUUCCAAAAAAGUCAUUUCUUCAGAGAUGUAGUCUUAUCACCGUUUAUUCUGUUAAUUUUUAUAAUCAUGAAUGAAAUUUAUGGGCUAAAAUCAAGUAACUCUCCAUCAACAACGUACACACAAUUUUAUAAUAGUCCAUCACGACAGUUAUCAGAAUAUUUACGCAGAUUGUACAGAGUGCAUAUGGGAAAUUAUUACAGUAAUGAAGAGGAAUAUGAAUAUGAACAAAUGAUGAGAAAAGAAAACCUACUGAACGAAGCAUACAGACGUAAAUGUGGUGACGCCUCAAGGAGUUACUCCAUGCCAUAUAGAAUUGAUGAGGAAGACGUUUCCAGGGAGUUAUCCAAAAAGGAAUUAAGAAAACUUAUUAAUUCCUUUGGUCCAAAAAUAUCAGAGAGAGAUAUGUAUAUUACUUUUUAUUAUUAUCACUCGUAUCUACAACAUCGUUACUCUUUGAUGUUACUUAAGUUAGAAAGGAAGAUUUAUAAGUUAGGAGCGAAACGUAAGAUACCCGAUGAAGAUUUAAAUAUGGCUUGGUUGGUGUGCAAAAGGAGGCUAAGUAGACUUCUGUUCAGUUUGAAUUAUUUUUCUUACAAACAAUUUUAUGAGUUUGCCAUGGAUUCUCCCUUUGAAGACACGUCAAGGUUUAAAAAAUUUUUGGCGAGUUAUGUUAAAAGGUGGAAAAAGCAAAAACGCUCAAGCAAAAAAAUAUUGUCAACUGAACUGAUCAAAAAAAUAAAGCAAUAUAAGAGGCGAUAG